CUGUCUGAGGAAGAAACUGCAUCUUCACUGGCCAGCCACGAGAGGACCUGGGGUCGCACUGGGCGCCCGACGGACCCUCCUCAGGGACCCGCCUGCCCCACACCACCCGGCCCUGCCGGGCCCUCCGCACCAGGUGCCCCAGCCGCAGCCUUACCUGCGGGCUCCAGAAUCCCCAGGGCUUCCAGAGGAUGCUCGGGCCACCGACAGGGACCUCGGGGCAGCAGUGAGGGGGGCACCUAGCCCCCCCAUUCAGCUCCUGUCCUCCUGUGCCAGGGGCUCCCCCGGGGUACGAGCAUGGUGGUUUUCCCUUGGAGCCCCCUGGCUUGGUACGUCUGAGAAGAUGCCUGCCAUGAGGCUGUUCACUUGCUUCCUGCAGCUCCUGGCUGGGCUGGCGCUGCCUGCUGUGCCCCCCCAGCAGUGGGGCUUGUCUGCUGCGAACAGCUCAUCAGAGGUGGAAGUGGUGCCCUUCCAGGAAGUGUGGGGCCGUAGCUACUGCCGGGCCCUGGAGAGGCUGGUGGACAUCGUGUCUGAGUACCCCAGCGAGGUGGAGCACAUGUUCAGCCCGUCCUGCGUCUCCCUGCUGCGCUGCACGGGCUGCUGUGGCGAUGAGAACCUGCACUGUGUGCCAGUGGAGACGGUCAAUGUCACCAUGCAGCUCCUGAAGAUCCGCUCUGGGGACCGGCCCUCCUACGUGGAGUUGACGUUCUCUCAGCAUGUGCGCUGCGAGUGCAGGCCUCUGCGGGAGAAGAUGAAGCCAGAAAGGAGGAGACCCAAGGGCAGGGGGAAGAGGAAGAGAGAGAAGCAGAGACACACAGACUGCCACCUGUGCGGCGAUACUGUUCCCCGGAGGUAACCAGCCCCUCGGAGGAGAGACACCCCACACCCAGCUCGUGUAUUUAUUACCGUCACACUCUCAGUUACCUCCCUGCUGGCACCUGCCCUCUAUUUAUUAGCCAAUUGUAUCCCUGCUGAAUGACUCACUCCCUCCAAGAGGAGGGGCAGGGAGGGACAGGACCCUCAGGAAUUCAGUGCCUUAAACAGAACGUGAGAGAAAGACAGAAGACAGACCCAUGUGGCUUCAGCUUGGGAAGAAGCAAGACGUGUGGCUUUGUGAGGGGCAGGCCAGGCCCCAGAGGCUCCGGGGGUCACCAGGGGGCUGGAGAGGGAAGGACUGGAGACCCACCGCCUUCCCCCCGGCCUUGGGCUCUGCAUGGACCAGCAGCCCUUACUGGGGGAGCUCCUGGCCGGGGUGGGAGUGGAGAAGCCUGCUCCCACGGGCCCUGAUGGCAGGGUGAACCGGCAGCAGCUCUGCACCCGCUUCCUGGCAGCAGCUCUACCCCUGGAGAUCAGAACGUUCAGCUCUGGAGAACAGUGGUUGCCUGGGGGCCUUGGCCACUCCUUGUCCCCUAGGUCUGGCCUCACAUCUUGCCACUGCUUGUGCUGGGACAUUGUUCUUUACCGCUAAGGCGUCACCAUCCUGCCCCUCCCAGGGACACAGGCAAAGAGUGGCCCCAGGCUGGACAUGGAGCAAGCUGCCCCCGCGUGGCUGUUUGACCGCCAAGCCAGAUUCUCUUGAAUAAAGUACU